AUGGAUUCAAAUAUUGAUAAAGAAAAAGCUCCGGCAAAAUCCGAAGAAGACGAUAAUAAAUCAAAUAUGAAUGAUGCACAAAUAAAUCCUGUGACAAUAAUGACUUCAGUACCUCCAUUUCAACCUGUUGAUGAUAAUCAGGAAAAUACUCUUGAAUCAAUAAAUUGUAAUGUAUCAAAAGGUCAAUCACCAGAAGAUGUUCUCUCAUUAUCAUUAAAUGCUGAUAUUUCAUCAACGAAUCUUUUUGUAUCAUCGUUUAAUCAAACUGAUCAAGAAAAAUCUUCAAAUCUGCCUGUCGAUAAUCGAUCGAUUGCUGCUUGGGUUCAAUCAACAACAACGGAAACAAUAUCAGCAUUACUUGAACGAUCACCAUCACUUCCGUCAACAUUAAUGGAACCAAUAGUAGCACGUAGUCGUGGAAAUUCAACUGUAUCAACAAUCUGUGAUCAACAACACUCAGUUAAUUCUGAAACACUGACUGCACAUCAAGUCUCUUUUUCAAAUGAUAUGCAACGUAGUUUAUCAGUGCCAGUAAAUGAUCAACAUCAUCGUAAUGAUAAUGAAGUGAUUAUGUCAGAAAAUGAAGAAGAAGAAGCAGAAGAUAUGUCUACAAAAUUUCUUCCUAUACCUGAUUCAGAAGAUUCAGAAGUUGAAAAAAAAAAAAAACAAUUAUCACCACAAGAAGAAGAAAAUAUUAAGUUUCAGGGUCGUUCACCAACUACUCAAACAAGUCAAAAAAAAUCAUCUAAUGUUUCUUUUCAUGCAUCGGUUUCAUUUGAAACUAAUCAUAAAUCAGUAGUACCACAUCGACGACGACGUGUUUCAUGGAAUACAAAUAAACCUAAACCACAUGUAUUUCUACGUUCACAAUCUCAUCUAGCAAGUUCACAACCACCAUCAUUACAUUCUCAAAUUCUUCGUAAACAAUUUAGAACGGCUCUUUCAGUGCCUAAUUGUAUUUAUCAUUCUUUUGAUCAAACAACAAGACAAUCAUCAUAUAUAUCUGAUAAUGUUUUUCAUUCACCAUCUAAUACAAAUUCAUCUUCAACGCAGAGUCGAUCACAUUAUUCUCCAGAUAUGCAUUUUGCAGCUAUUCUAUCAUCGAAUUCCAACCGUUCAUCUGAUCAAAGUGGUAUUGAAUCAACAAAUUUAGAUACACAUUCAUCUGAUCAACCUCGAACAAUAAGUACAAAUGAGGAUGAUAUAACCGAUGAAAAGACUGACAAUCAUCAAAAACGACGAAAUCAUUCAACAUCAUCAUCUGGAACACCAAGUACACAAAGUUUAUCAUCAUCAAGUGAUAAUGAAAUGCAUUAUUUUACUAAGAAAAUGGAAACUUUACAAAUCGAUAAGGGUACAAGAAAAGGACCUUUUGAUAAAAGACGAGAUAUUUUAAAAAAGUUAAUGUGGUUACUUGAAAAAAGACCGACAAUUAAUUCUCAAUCUACUUACGGAAGUCGAAAAUCAGUAAGUCCUCCAAAACAGCAACAUCAAAAAUCAACAGCAAAUCCAUUUGUUGAAUUUUGUUCAUCAUUUCAUUCGAAUAAUGUAAUUAAUCCUGUAUCACGUAAUGAAUCAGAUAAUACAUCAAAGACUUCUACACAUGCUUAUACAAGUUCAAAUGAACAUUCUAAUGUAUUUACUUCAACAUUAUCUUCAAAACCAUCAAAUGCUGAUUCAAUGACUCAUAGUCAUUCAUCUGCGCGUAGCACUCAAUCAGAUUCAAGUACAACUACUGCAUUCCCAAAUACAAAAUCUUCUACCAAAAUUUCAUCAAAUGCAGCAAUAUCACUUUCAUCUUCAGCUCAUCUUCAUCGAAAACGUAUACCUCAGCGUCGUAAUCUUAGUGGAUUCGCAGCUGUUACACGUGAUCGUAAAAAUUCAUUUAGUAAAUCAGAACAACAAACUACUGUACAAUCAUUACAACAAGAACAAGAAAAAAAAACAUCAUUAAAUCGUAAUAUAGAAGCUAUUCUUAAUGAACAUCUAACAAUGAUUAAUGAUUUACUUUCAAAUUAUUCAUACAAUUCUGGUUUACAAUAUUCAUCACAAAAUUCAUCUAUUCGUGAUUUUCUUUAUACACGUUUAAAUGAAUUCUCACAGAAAACUCCAAUGACUGAACGAUGUUGUAAAGUUGAAAUAAAAGCUUUUAUUGAUUUAAUAAGUAAUUUUCAAAUGAACCGAGCACAUCAUUAUGGAUUUUUAAGUGAUGCUGUUAAAGAUUUAUUAAUAUCAACUAAUGAUGGAAUACAUCUUUCAAAUAGAUUUGAUGAAAGUGAAGAUGAUAUAACUAAGGCUGAAUAUGAUGAUGAUGAUGAUGAUAACGAUGAUGAUGAUGAUCAUGCUGAUGAUAAUGCAAUAGACAUAAGUGAAGAAAGUGAAAUAGAAGAUGAAUCAGAAAAUAGUGAUGAUAGUGAUAUUCUACCAAAAACUCGUUGGCCUGAAGAACCACUUGAUUAUUUCUCUCGUCUUAAAAUUUCUGAUGAAUCCAAUUCAACUGAAACGAGUCCUAAAAUCAAAAAAUUAAAUCGUAUUGAUUGUUACCGAAAUUUUGUUUAUUAUAUGGAUAAACGUUCUUAUCAAGUUAAAUAUGAUGGUUUAGCAAGAACAUUAAUCGAACGUGUUGCACCAGUUCUUGUUAAAACUCGUCUUGCUUUAUUACAAGCAAACGAUCGACGUAAAUUAAAAAUUGAACAAGUUCUUGCCGGUUUAGCAUUAUGUGAUUGUCAAUCAUCAAAUAUAAAUAAAUUAGAAAGUACAACAAAUACUAAUAAUGAUGAAACUGAAGACAAACUUGUUGAUACUGACAAUCCAGUAGAUGAAGAUUCAACAAUAAAUUUAAAUAUUGGAGAAAUGACUAUUGAAAAAUGGCUUUUUCAUGUAUUAAAAUCAUGUCCAACACUUAAAACAAUAUGUUCAUAUACAGAUGAUACAUUAAAAAAUAAUUGGCUUGAAUUACAUCAACAAUUAGGUUUACCAUCAUUAUUACCAUUAUAUUUUUUUAUUAUUAAUGUUUUACUUGAUGUUAUGAAUGAAUGUUUAAUACUCUAUAACAAACCUUAUAUGAAUAAUGAUACGAUUGAAAUAGAUUCUCUUUGUCGACAACAACUUGUUCGCGAAGCAAAACUUGUUUUAAGAGACGCAUUAGCAACUCGUUUAUAUAGUAUACGUAUGAUGGAACAAUUUAUUUCUCAUCGUCAAAUAGUUUAUGAACUUACAGAAUUCGAUGAAAAUACAGUUAAACUUUAUACGCAUUAUAAACAAUUUUUAAGUACAGUUUGUAUUAAUCGAUCAUUUGGUACACUUGAUGAGGAUGAUAUGAUUAUGAGUAAUGAUACAAAUACUGAUUUAUAUUAUUAUGUUGAUGAAGAAACAUCAGAAUUAAUUAAAGAAUAUUAUUUUUCUCGAGAUUUAACAGUAACAUUAGGAAAUCGUACUGAAAUUCGUGAUUUAUGUAUUGAAUUUAGUACAUUAACACAACGAAUAUUAACACAAUUAAAAGAAGAUUUAAAUGGUAAAACUGAAAAAUAUUAUCAAACAUUUGCUAUUGAUAUGAGGGAUACAUCGGAUAUUGGUGAUAGAACUUAUUCAGCUGACGUGUUAUCUGAAACAAUCAGACCACAUUCGUUUGGAACGUCAAUUAGCGUUCCACCUGAUUUAUAUCGUAGUGAAACAUCAUUAUGUGAUUCAACAGCAUCAUUUUCUGAUCAAAAGAAAAAUGAUAUUAUUUCCAGUACACGUGAAUUUCGUCGAGAUUUUGAUACAAUUAAACAACGUGCAAUACGUGUUUGUCAUUUAGCUAAAACGCUUAUUGUUGAUUUUGCAAUUGCAGCUGAAUUUAAAUGUGUUAAUCAUCAUGAUGUGUGGCAACAACUUCUACAAAAAUGUUAUACUCAAAUUAAAAUUUAUUUGAAUAGAAGUGAUGUAGAUGAUUUUGAUAAUUUUUAUGUAUUUGUUCCGCCUUGGUUAUCAACAGAUAAAGAUAAAGUUGAGAAAUUAUUAAGUAUUAUAUGUUCUCAACAAAUUUCAUCAGAUGACACUUGUAAACCUACUAAAGACAUGUCUCCAUCCUAUAUGAUUUUUUUACCGAAGAAAAAUUUUUCUCGACAAAAUCUUCGAUGGACUGGAGAUAUUUUAUUUAUUCAACCAAGUGAAAGUACACAAUUAGCAUUAAAUUCUAUUGAACUUUGUUCAUUACAUUUGGUUGUUAAUCGAUUUGAUCAUUGGCAAAAUGCUGUUGAUUUAUUUCAUUCACAUGUUGGAUUAACUAAUAUUCAACUAAUUAGAAAAUUACCUCGUGAUGAAGAUGUUCGUUUAACAUUUGAUCAAUUACCUGAAAAUAUUGAAAAAUUAAGUACUACAUUAACUGAUCUUGUUCGUACAUUAAAUACAAUUUGGGAUCAAGAUUCAACAAAAAUAUAUCUUACAGAAAUAGUUAAAUUUGAUGAACGUACAAUUGAAUCGAAAUUAGUUGAUCUUAUUUUAUAUAUUUAUAAUUCUGGUUUUGAUCUUUUUCGUAUUUUGUGUGAACUUAUAUUAACAAUAUCAACAGAAAAUGAUGAAAUAUUUGAAAAAUUUGUUAGUACAAUGAAUGAAUUUUUUUGUGAAUGGUGUAAAUGUGUUACAAAAAAAUUUAAAUAUACAUCAUUACAACAAACACGAACAGUUAAAUAUAAAGUCUUCCGACCAAAAUGGCUUUCACCUGGGAUGUGUUUUCUACGUUUUCUAGCAAAAUCAAAUCAUUUAGAAUUACUUUCAGAUAAUGAUUAUAGAAAAUUAACUAAAGAAAUGCCAGCUGCUCUUGAUGUUUUCUAUGGAAAUGCAAAAGUUAAUUAUGAUUCACUUAUAACAAAAGGUCGUUCAAAUAGUAUUUCAUCAAUAUCAACCAGUUUAAGUCGAUCACGUCGUUCUUCACAAACAAGUGGACAUCGUAGAAAUGAAAGUUUCUCUACACCUCGUGAACGUAUUGUACAAAAAAUAAAAAAUCUUGAAAAUAAUUUAGAAAAAAAAUUUCGUGAACGUAAACAAAUUGGUCAAAUAUAUAGUAAUACAACAACAACAAGUGGUAUUAUUCCGGAUCCUGUUAUAUCAUUAAAAAUGCGUAAUAUUGAUUUUCCUUGGCGUCGUGGUACACGUAUUGGACAAGGUGGUGCUGGCGUUGCAUUUCGUGCAAUAAAUUGUUCAAAUGGUUCAAUUGUAUGCAUGAAAGAAAUACAAUUAUCAUCCAUAACAUCACGUUCAUUACCAAGUACAUAUCCGGUAAAACUUCGACGUAUUGCAGAAGAAAUCGAUAUGAUUAUGGCAAUUAAUCAUCCGAAUAUUGUACGAUAUUUUGGUAUUGAAAAAUAUAAAAGAACAAUUUAUAUUUGUAUGGAAUAUUGUUUAUCAACGGUAAAUGAGUUUCUUAAUGAUAUUCGUUCAUUUCAAAAACGUGCACAUACAAAAAGAGAAAAUGAUAUUCUACGCGAUGAUUCAAGUGAUCAAGAUGAAGAUUUGAAUACAGGAAAUAUUCGUUUAAAUUCUUCACUUGAUAUUAAUGAACAUGUUCGUGGAUUUGUUAAUCAACUUUUAAAAGCUUUAAUGGCUUUACAUGAAAAUUCUAUUGUACAUUGUGAUGUUAAAGGUGAUAAUAUUUUUAUUGCUAAUGAAAACGGAAAAUAUAUUGUUAAAUUAGGUGAUUUUAAUUUAUCACAUCGACUUGAACUUGAAUCACCAUCAUCGGAUGCUAGUAAUUCACGUAGUACACAAAAAGGAACUAUAUAUUUUAAACCGCCGGAACCAGAAUAUGUUUGUAAAUCAGAUAUAUGGGCACUUGGUUGUACUAUAAUAGAAAUGUUAACUGGCAAAUUACCAUGGACAAAUGUAACACGUCCACCUGAAGAUCAAAUCUAUAUACAAAAUCAAUUAUUAGCAAGAAAAGGUCCACCGAUUCCAGAAGAAUUAAAAAAUCAAAAACAAGCAUAUCAGUUUAUUGAAUUAUGUUUAAAGUCUGAUCUUGAGGAACGUCCUUCAGCUAGAGACUUACUUAUUCAUCCAUAUCCUCGUGUUCGAACUGAUUCUUAA